UCCACCCCCUUCCCCUGCCCGCGGCACAGCACAGUCCACACACACACACACGCACACACGCACAGUCCUCCAGCUCACACGGGCCUUGGGAACACAGGGAAAGUCAUGGAGACUUCAGGAUCACCUCAAGACCACAGUCAGGUCCACAGAGAAACAGAAGACCUAGAUCAUGGAGAGACGGACUUCCACACAGGACUCUUCUCUCAAGAACAACAUGAGAGAGAAAAGCCUUCCUCCUCCUCCUCCUCUUCCUCCUCCUCCUCUUCUUCCUCCUCAUCCUCCUCCUCAGGUAAAGCAAGUGAUGCGGAUCAGCACCCCCGAGUACCUGGAAACCGUCAGCAGAUCCAGGGGCCUGGAAUCCCCUGCAGAGAUGGCUCACCUGGUGCAGAGCAUGGAGAGCCUGACAUUUUGAAGGAUGAGCUUCAACUCUAUGGAGGUGCCCCUGGGGAGGUGGUGCCCUCUGAGGAAUCAGGACUCCGAAGGAGAGGCUGUGACCCAGCGAGUGGAGAAGUGGAGGCCUCUCAGUUAAGAAGACUGAAUAUAAAGAAGGACGAUGAGUUCUUCCACUUCAUCCUCCUCUGCUUUGCCAUCGGGGCCUUGCUGGUGUGUUAUCACUAUUACACAGAUUGGUUCAUGUCCCUUGGGGUCGGCCUGCUCACCUUCGCCUCCCUGGAGACCGUUGGCAUCUACUUUGGGCUGGUGUACCGGAUCCACAGCAUCCUGCAUGGCUUCAUCCCGCUCUUUCAGAAGUUUAGGCUCAUAGGCUUUAGGAAGACUGACUGAGGCCAGUGCCAGCGGAGCAGCCAGGCCUGGCCCUAGUGUGACCACCACAGCGUCUUAUUGGCCCAUGAGGACAGAGCGGCGUCCUGGGAACACUCAGGCGGGCCAGGCUAGAGCAAUAAAGAGAGCGCUUUGCCUUCCAUGUGGUCUGAACAUUGGCAGCCGCCGGGCCCAGGUGUCCCUCCGGCAACAUGGGCACACAGUCGGCUGCCAGGAGGAAGGAGAGGGAGGGGGUGGGCCUGUGCCCUCAGGGGGCUUGGAUCAGCAGGAGGAUCCCAGGAUGUGGCUCCCCGCAAGAAACAGUAGGAGACCCUUGGGCCCUGCACACUCUCUUUCACUGUGCUUAUAAGUUCUCUCAAGUCCCCACACCAGCCUGGGACAGACAGAUGGUCCAUUGCCCUGAGGCAGGGAACCACCAUCUCAGGCCCCUGGGGUGAGCCUGAUACAGUGAGAUGUGGGGAACUAAAGCCACAGCAUCCAGGCGUCUUCCCUCAGCCCCUUAUCUUGUGCCAGCCCAGCUACCCUUGGACUCCAUCAAUAUUCAAAUAAACAUUCCUUCCCUGGA